GAAACAGCCUUAGGUCGGUGAUAAACAGCAGCAGGACAAACACACUGAUCUUCUGUUCCGAUCGUCACAAAACAUCUGACUUCAAUGUGUCUUGAUGACACCGUCCACCUCAGCCCCAGAUCUAUGGAUCCUCCUCCACCAUUGAUCUCUCUGGAUCUAAUGGUACAAAAUAAUGGAACCCCCACAUGACAGAAGACUUUGAGGAAUUCCAGCAGCAGCUGCAGAGCCUGCAUCCUGUCUGGCCUUUGACUUCGCCUGAAGCCUCCAUGAAAGACACUCAACACUUUCCCAAGAGAGUUCCAAGUAACAUGAGUGACUUAACAGAGUUUGAAAGGUGCCAGAUAGUUGCUGCAAGACUCUCCGGCGCAUCCGUCACAAAAACUGCACAGCUGUUCAAUGUGGCGCGGGGAACGGUCUCCAGAGUCAUGACAGUGUACGUCAAACAUGGACGAACAACAUCGGCAAAGAAGAACAGCGGGCGCAAGUCAAAGCUCACAGAAAAGGACAGACAAACGCUUCUCAGGAUAGUCGAGGAACACCCUGAAUACACAGCCUCGAACAUCACUUCAGAGCUGAACACACACCUCUCUCACACCGUCUCUGUGAAAACUAUAAGACGCGAGCUUCACAAAGCUGGUAUUUUUAGAGGAGCAGCCAAUCGGAGGCCAGAGACUGGUGCACAAGAUCCAGAUGGAAACAACACUAAACCUGAACUCGACAAAGAUUGUGACACACUGAAACCUGGUGAAGAGAGGACAAGACCUGAAAUGCAAAAAAAAGCCAAAGACUGUGGCGUACAGGAGUCUGUGGGACAGGGAACGAUAUCUGAAUAUCUGAACCCCAGGCUGCUGUGGAAUAGUACAACACAGAAAAGUCAGUAAAGAGGAUACUACAACAUGUAGCAUGAUCGUGUUAAGGGAAAACCACAAAACGCCUGCAUUCCUUAAUGUCACCAACUAUCAAACAGGCUCAUGUUUGUUUAAUAACCUGAUUUAUAAUCGUGCUAAUUCUAUAAUUUAUUUUUGCAUGAAUGCAUCACAGCUUUUUGUAGGAGUUUUCAUUUUUCAUGGUUUACAAGGAAACAUAACUUUAAAACUGAUUAUUGAGAAAUAUUUUUAAUAGUUGAAAAUAUCCCUGCUGGGUGUAUUAUGUUACUGAUUAAUGCAAAACACUCAAUAUAAUGAAUUGCAAAAUUCAAGGUUUGUUCCUAUUGAGCAAUGCCUUGCUGAGAUGACUUGUUUUUUGCUACAUCUGGUUAUUUGAGUAGUGCUCUAAAACGGGAUGUUCCAGAGGUUAUACUGUAUGUAUGGUAAAGGGUUUUGUAUUUAUAAAGCGCUACUCUAGUCUUGAUGACCACUCAAAGCGCUUUACAGUACAGUUUUACAUUCACCCAUUCACACACACAUUCAGAUAGUGCAUCUAUUAGCAGCACUUUGUUGUUCUAUGAGGGCCAUUUCAGGGUUCAGCAUCUUGCCCAAGGACACUUCUGCAUGCAGAUGGGAAAGACUGGGGAUCGAGCUACUGACUUUCAGGUUUGAGGACGACCGCUCUACCCCUCAGCCACAGACGCCCAUGUUUUUUUUUUUUUUCACCUCUAUUUGCAGUGACUAAUUGACCAACUCCUUUUUCUGAACAAAAAGGCCAAUAUUCCCAAAUGAAUUUAACACAUUGGUUCAUGACCUUGCAGCCAACUGGACUGGACUCUAGCAGUACACAUUUUUAUUUAUUUUUCUCAAUUUGAUUGAAGCUCUAAGUUACUCUUAUUUGUAUGAUUAUUCUCAGGUUUAUGUUACUCUAUUAUGUCUGCUUUAUGUUAGUGUAUUAUAUUUACAUAAUUCAAUAAGGGAAUUGGGACAAAAAACACAUUUAAUGAUUUUACUGCAUUUUACACCCAAAAAGUUCAAAGGUUGUCUGUACUUUGUUUUAAUAAAGUGGACAUAUGCUCUGUUCUCUCUGGACAGGUGCAGUUCACCUGGAGCAGGUGAGAGUCCAA